UUAGCAUAUUUAUACGCUACAGUUUUAAGUGUGAAAUCUUAUAUAACAAGAUUACCAUGUUUUUCAUAUGCAAACUUUAGUUUAAUAUCUAACCAAUACUUCAAUGGAGAUAUCGGCUUAACUUAUUUUGAAGUAGGUAACAUAAAUGAAUGUGGAACUUAUUGUGUUAGGUUUCCUACAUGCGUAUUUGCAAACUUCAACGCAAAUCAAAAAAUCUGUAAGUUAAUGUCUUCUGAGUCAAAUUCUUCAAACAGUAUUACAACGGAUGUUACCAAUAAUAAAAAUAUUGGUUCCAUUUGUGAAUCAAAUACUCCGUGCAGCCAUUUAUAUUGCCGAGAUGUAUGUUUAACAGAUAACCAAGGAUUUGUUCACAAUUACACCUGCAUUGAAAGUAAUGAUGCAUCAAGAAGUGCUACAGCAUCAUUAUCAUCUACAUGGGAUACGUAUGAAGCAAGAAAUGCAAUUGAUGGCAGUGAAACAACUUAUGCAGUAACUGCUGAUAGUUUGACUACACAUUGGUUUAAAUUGGAUUUAAGUUGCGUAUAUCAAAUUAUUCAAAUUGUUGUUUACAAUCGAACAGCGUUUCGUCCAGUUAGAAUGAUGGGCAACAAACUUAUUGUUAAUGUUUACGAUCAAUACAUAAAUGUUCCUGAAAUCGCUGUGUUGACUUCUGCUUCGAAACAAACAUUCACAGGCUCAUUUAUUGGUAGAUAUAUUUUUAUUGUUAAAGAUUCCAGUGAAUUACUUCAGGUAGCGGAAAUUAAUGUAUAUGUAUAACACUAACAACAUAUAUUUGAGAUUUUAUAAUUUUCCUUUACAACAUGCAUUACCUAUUUAACAUUUCAAGUAUUAAUUUUUACAUUUGAAAUAUGAAAUAUUUAUUACACGCGGCAAUUUUGCAAUGAUUUUGUUUCUGUCUUUUUUCGAAUUUAUGUUAAAUGUAAUUCAAAAUAUUAUACCAGA